AUGUAUUGCUCAAUAAAAAUCGAAAAACAUAUAGGCUUUUGGUUGUUCGCUUCGUUAUGUAUAACAUUUUUGCGUGCAGCAGAAAAGGAUUAACAACUUUACUUUACAAACAUUUACAAAAAUCUCAAAAUAUAUGUAGCGCAGAUUAACCCAAAAUUCAGCCAGACAAUUUGUACUUUUUAAACAUGUUUUCAAUGGGGAAAAUCAAGGCAAUCGACAGUGUUGGGUAGAUAGCGUCUGUCUGCUCACGCCGAUCGUUUCGAUGAAUCGACUGCUCAUGUCUGCACACUGUUCAGACCAUACAGUUAGCUGAUCUCUCUUGAGCGCUUUUCUUGCUGCUGAUCACGAACAGCGCGAUUAACCUCUGCAUCUGCACUGACGACUGCUGUGUUUUGUGAUCAGGUGCAGUAGAGAGUGCCAUGCAGGAAGGUGAGGAGAGAGAGUGAGGCGAUGGGCUGUACCUCAGCCAAGCAGUUGUCAUCAGUUCCCAAUGAUGAAGAGGGUCGGGGUAAGAACUACAGCAAUGGAGAUGCCUUCUCUGAUGAAUACAAGCUGAAAGGAGUUGAGAAGGUGAAGUACAUGCACGGAGAAGAGGAGCGCAUGAACACACGAAACCAAGAGAACUUGGAAAAGAGCACAUUUUUGCACAAGGGCAGGCAUAAGGAUGCCACUGGGAAUAGUAAUAAGAUAAGUAUCCACUCUUCAGAAAGCCAGCAGGAGUUCUUCAGAAUGCUGGAUGAGAAGAUUGAAAAGGGACAGGACUACUGCUCUGAGGACGAAGAUAUGACAUAGCAUGCUGAGACCUCGACCCGCCAGCAGUGAGUCAGAACUGCCCCAAUGUUCCUUACGACCCCUUUCCAUGCCUUCUUACCCAAGUUUACUUAUCUGCAAAAGCAUGGGGUUAAUAAUAUGGUUGAUAGUGACAUUCAACCCUCUUAUUCCCUCAGUUUACAUACUACACACUUUUCCCAGAUGUCUUACAGGUCUGUCUUGAUGCAUAGUAUUAGGAAGGUAGGGGGCAUGGAAGGCCUUGUUGAAGGAAGGUGGGAUUUGGCCCAAGUUUUAAAUGAGAAAGCCAUUUUCAGACUGUUCCUCAAUCCCUUGCCUUACACAACCCAUAAGCCUACUCAUAGACCUCAGACUACAUACAACAGAGAGCCAUGCACAGAACGUCCUGGAUUUCGCCUUUCCUUUGACAUGGGCAUCUUUUGGACACUCACACGGGAAAUACAGCACAUGUACCCACCCCAAGGGAUGUCCAGAGAAGAUGGGUGAACCUGAGGCGGAGAUGCACACUAAAAGGGACUUUGCUGAGAGACUAAUUUGAUGCUGAGACACAGGAUGUGAAAUCUUAUGAACAGAAACACAAGGCCAUUUAUAGCAUUCCAAGUGUUUUUUUUACUGUGUGAGCAAAGUAUUUUUCACCCACAAAUGUACUGUUACGUGUUUUUGACCGUUGAGUCAUGUUACAAAGCUCAGGACAGUGGUACUGUAUCAUCAGUAGAUUUGUUGUUGGACGAGUGCAGUACAGUUUUGUCAUAGUCUGUCUUGGAUGUCGGGUGAGUAUAAAUGUGGCUGAAUGAUGAAUAGAUCACAGCAUCUAGCGGAGUAAUGUUUAGUGACACUAGUUCCAGUAUCAUAAGGUCAUUUAGGUUUCUAAUACUCAUUUUGUUGUAUAAAUCAGGCAUUAGCUUGGCAUUUACAUUAUUUACAUUCCAUUUUUAUAAGUUGAUAUGAAAACCAAUACAAGUUUUGAAACCAGCCUUCUGAGAGUUUUACAUAGAUACAUUUUAUUACAAAGAAGUGCUGUUUCUUUUUACAGUUAUGACAGUAAUGAUAAACUUACCCUUAAGCACAGUGUUGUUUUUUUUUGAACAGACAACAAUAAGCCAUUUUUUGUCUUCUCUCUCACCCUAAAGUGAACAAUAUCCCAUGUGUAUGGUUGUACAAGUUCUCUAUGCAGUUGGGCCAAACAAUAUUGCCAAAAAUGUUUGAAGCUGAAUGAAAAAAAAAAAAUUCAAAGGGUAAACAAAGGCAUCUGGUUUACUAAUGUUAUCUUUUUUUUAAGCUCUGUAUCAUUAAUGUUAAGAUAAAUUACCAAUGUAUUUUGCUUAGUCUGUUUUCCUUGCACUGCUUAAGUUUUGGGGUUUUAUACCAUGUAAUUUUACACAACUGACAUUUCAAGUAUUUGUCUGAGUAAAGAGGAGCCGCUCAA